CGAGUGGGAAGGCUGGACAAAAACUAUGCAGACACCGCGGAGCGGAUGGGGUGAUUGGAAGCGGUCAGGGAAGGCCCCUGUCUACCUGUCUACCUGUCUACCUAUCUGUCUACUGGGCUUUCAGUUAGCAUACCACAUAUCCAUCCAUUGAGUGAGGGGAGAGGGGCCCUGGAGAUCGCCUGUUUCAUUUCAAAAUAAAUAAAAUAAAAUAAAAUAAAAGUCCCCGCAAGUUUUACCUUCGAUAUUUUUUAUUUUUUAAUUUUUUUUUAUGGGUCGGAAAGACACCGCUCCUCGGCCAUCCCGGAGGGUUAAUAAACAUACGGUGAAUCUGCAUAUACUUUUGUCCCCCCGUUUCUUUCUUCCUUUCCCCUCGCCCCUCGCAAGGCACUCACCAAUUCCCGACGUGUAAUUGGGAUACGUUUCCGUCAAAAUUGACCGCUAGAGGUUGAUUGAAGAGGCGGUAGGACUGAAAAUAGAAUCUAGAAACGAUCCAUCAUCACCGCAGAAUCGACGCGCCAUCAUGGUACGACAUGUCCUGGCCUGGCCUGGCCUGGCCUGGCUAGGAAUGAUAUGGGAUGAUAUGCGUUAAGCUCGGAAAGGGAAAUCCACUAUUGAUUAGUGAGAAAAAAAAUCCUAUACGGACUUAGCUCAGGGAGGUGGCAUUCCCCUCUCUCAUAUCGAUUCUCUCCUUCCUUGGAGGUCAUGUUCUUGAGUCUGGGGGAGAAAGGGAGGGGGGAGAAAAACCAAUGUGCUUCUUCUCCCGUGCUGAAUCGUUCAAACUCUUGCAGUGGCCUCUGUUGAUACCGGAUACGGUAUGCGGAAAAUGUUUUGCGUCUCUCUAGACGGAGGAUAUUUGGUUUGCGGUAAAUGUACUCGGAAAUUCUUUCUUAGACGUACCUACCACCUAUGACUACUCACUCCUUUCGAACCAAAACAUAAUUUACAAGGAGAGAGAGAAAGGAAUAGAUCUCCCAUAUCCUCAUAUCCUGCAAUUGUUCCUUUUAGAAUAAACUCCGCAUCUCCUCUUCCUCUUCUCCUUUUUUUUCUUCUCCUCCUUUCAUUUUGUUGAGCCAGUCCCGGACGACUUGUAUAGGAUAAAAAAAAAAUCUAAUCCAACCAGAGCACUGCCACAGCAUGAUGUUUUACCGAUUGAUCACGAUUAGCUUCAGCCCAUCACAACAUGGAGGCAUUUUUGGCUGGAGUCUGUUCCGUCGCGCAUCCCGCCUACAUCAUUUUUGUAUGGGGUGCAAUAGAAAUGGCACUCGCAGCCGUCUCGCGGGUCAUAGAAAUGCGCCCAGCCUUUGGGUGGUCUUAUAUUUGCUGUGCUAUCCGAUGCCAGCAGGAGCCAUUCGUGUGGUUGUUUGGCCUUUCGAGAGAAGAACAUGUUUCAAAGCGCAGAAAUUCGUCUUAAUUUUCACGCAUGGAGGAGGGGCUGCAUAGCUGUACUCAAAGUUUCUUUCUUUCUUUCUUUCUUUCUUUCUUUCUUUCUUUUUUCUUUUUUCCCUUUUUCUCCCAGAUAUCUCCCCGUUUGACGAAAAAGGACAAUGUCUAUCGCCCGCUUGUGAGCACAGUCGACCAGCCUGUUGGGACAUGUACGGAUUCAAAUAGAAGAAUUCAUUGUGGAGAAGAAGAGCAUGGCGGGAUGAGUAUAAUGGAAGCAAAAUGAGAGGAGAUUGGACACGGAGCAAACGCGGAGCA